AUGGUACCUGCCAAGGAGGACAGUCUCGUGUGUCCGAUGGGCAACAAAUGGUCUUCAAAAGAAGCUUCUGAGGGAGUUGCAUUCGGUGUGAAGGAAAAGACUUCAGAGGCCAGAAAUAUUUCUCACACGGUGAGUGAAUUCAUCCUCUUGGGCUUCUCUUGCCACUGGGAAAUACAGUUCCUCCUCUUUUAUGUAUUCUUUGUGACUUAUAUCCUGACGCUCCUUGGAAACAUGGCCAUUGUGUGUGCAGUGCGCUGGGACCGCCGACUCCACACCCCAAUGUACAUUCUGCUGGCCAACUUCUCCUUUCUGGAAAUCUGCUAUGUCAACUCUGAUGUGCCCAACAUGCUGGCCAACUUCCUCUCCCAGACCAAAACCAUCUCCUUCGCUCGGUGCCUCCUCCAGUUGUACUUCCUCUUCUCACUGGGCACAACUGAAUGUUUAUUUCUGUCCAUCAUGGCCUAUGGGUUCCUGGCAAUCUGCCACCCCCUGCACUAUCCCAUGGUCAUGACUAUUCGGUUCUGUGGCAGCCUGGUUAUCUUUUGCUGCGUCUACGAUUUCCUCUGGUUUCUGUUCCCAGUGAUACUCAUUACCCAGCUACCGUUUUGUGGCCCGAAUGUAAUUGAUGACUUUCUGUGUGACCUGGGUCCUCUCCUGGCCUUGGCUUCAGCCUGUGUCUCAAUCCCAGGGACAGUUCUCAUAUGUGGCACCAUGAGUUCUCUCCUCAUCUUCGCCACCUUCUUCUACAUUAUGGGUUCCUAUACCCUGUUGCUGAGGGCUGUAGUGCAGGUGCCCUCACAAGCUGGCCGGAAGAAUGCCUUUUCUACCUGCUCCUCACAUCUGGCUGUUGUGUUUCUCUUCUACGUUUCUGUCAUGAUAAUGUAUAUGAGCCCAGGUUCAGGACAAGCAGAGGGAAUGCAGAAGUUCACAACUUUCUACUCAGUUUUGACCCCCUUUUUCAACCCCAUGAUCUACAGCCUCCGGAAUAAAGAAAUGAAGGAUGCCUUGAAGAAAGUUCUAGGAGGUUCCUAA